CUGCCUCGCAAAGCAUGUCACGAAUGAUGCAAACUGGUAAAGCCGGUUGGUUCGCGGGUGGAAAACAUUGCAUAGAAAAUCAGACCUUUUCACUCGGAGACAAAGAGCAGCAAACAUUCAUCAGACACUGCAGGUGGAACAACCUGAGACGUAUUGGAAAUGAAGUUGGGGUUGCUCGUUGUUUUGGCCGUGGCGGUUCUGGUGCCGAGCCUGUCGGAUGGUCGGACCGUCUCAAGAUGCGAGCUGAGAGACAAGCUCAGGGAAGCAAUCAGCCUGCCCAAGAGGCUUCAAAAAUACAAGGACCAAAUCUUAGAAAUAGUUAUCUGUAAGUUGGAAGCAAGUUCCCAUCUGAAGACCGAUGCGGUCCAGUCCGGCGCCAAAAACCAAACUACAGAAACCAAGCCGACGAGUGACAAGCCAUUGAUUACCAAGCUGUUGACCACCAAACCACCAACUACCAAACCACCGACCACUGUGCCACCAACUAGCAAGCCAUUGACCACCAAACCAUCAACUACCGUGCCAACGGGCAACUUAUCUGUCAACAUCAGACGAAAGCGCGACGACACGACUAGCGAGGAUCCCGAAAUAAAAGAGCUGGAGGAAGUGGGCAGCAUUGUAAAUGAAGGCAUGGAAGGUGGGCUUAACGAUGAGGACAAAGAGACUGAUGAGAACGAGGUGAUUGAUGAUGAUAAAGAGACUGAUGAGAACUUGGGGAUUGAUGAUGAUAAAGAGACUGAUGAGAACGAGGUGAUUGAUGAUGAUAAAGAGACUGAUGAGAACGAGGUGACGGCUGAUGAUAAAGAGACUGAUGAGAACGAGGUGACGGCUGAUGAUAAAGAGACUGAUGAGAACGAGGUGAUUGAUGAUGAUAAAGAGACUGAUGAGAACGAGGUGACGGAUGAUGAUAAAGAGACUGAUGAGAACGAGGUGACGGCUGAUGAUAAAGGGACUGAUGAGAACGAGGUGACGGAUGAUGAUAAAGAGACUGAUGAGAACGAGGUGACGGCUGAUGAUAAAGAGACUGAUGAGAACGAGGUGAUUGAUGAUGAUAAAGGGACUGAUGAGAACGAGGUGAUGGAUGAUGAUAAAGAGACUGAUGAGAACGAGGUGACGGCUGAUGAUAAAGAGACUGAUGAUAAUGAGGUGAUUGAUGAUGAUAAAGAGACCGAUGAGGACGAGGCGACCGAUGAUGAUAAGGAGACCGAUGAGGACGAGGUGACUGAUGAUGAUAAGGAGACCGAUGAGGACGAGGUGACCGAUGAUGAUAAAGAGACAGAUGAGGACGAGGUGACCGAUGAUGAUAAAGAGACUGAUAAGGACAAAGAGACUGAGGAGGACAAUGAUUCAGGUGAGGGCAAAGACAAAAAGAGCGAUAUUGUCGAGGGGAUGGAGGAUGAAGUGAUAACCAAUGAGGACAAAGAGACUGAUGAGGUCAUAGGUGCUGAUGAGGACAAAAAGAGAGAUACUGUUAAGGGGAUGGAGGAUGACAUGAUAACCAAUGAGGUCAUCGAUACUGAUGGGGACAGCGACAGUGAUGAGGGCAGAGACAGUGAUGAGGACGAAGAGACUGAUGAGGACAGCGACAGUGAUGAGGGCAGAGACAGGGAUGAGGACGAAGAGACUGAUGAGGACAAAGAGAUAGAUAUGGGUAAGGGGUUGGAGGAUGACGUGAUAACCAAUGAGGACAAUGACGGGAAAGACGGUGACAUGAUAAGCGCUGAGAAAGAAGAGGGUGAUGAGGGGAACGACGAAGACGAGGACGAGGACGAGGACGAAGAGGUGGAGGAAGGCGGGAAACGUGAGAGGCGCAACAUCCGCCGCAGGAAGCCUCGCGGGAGGCUGGGAUCGGGCUACUACGGGCUCUUCCAGCUGUCUGACAGGUACUCCUGUGAUCCCGGUUCCGGCUGGUCCCUCAACAAGUGCGGCACAGAAUGCGCAGCCUUCAUAGACGACAACAUAAUGGAUGACCUCGACUGCUUCGUGAACAGCGGAGCCUGGUGGAGUUUGUUGAAGAAGCCCAUCGGCCGGUGUCACAGGACCAAGAACUUCUUUGACAAAUGUGAAUGAGCGGCUGAGACAUUUUCUACAGGCGGGACGUCCGCCCGCCGAGGAUUUCUUCAUCUCCCCGACUCUGUGAAACAUUUUAUCAUUCGCAAUAUUUGAUUGAUUUGUUUGGAUUUUAGUCUGAAUCUCAUUCUUCAUUUUUAAUAUUUUUGAUGAUAUUGUUUUAUCACUUUUAUCACUACCUUUCUUUGAGAUGUACAACUAACAUUAUUCUUGCUUCUUUUCUAUAUCUGUGAUCUUACAAUAAAGGUGUUUUUCUGCAUAUUUCUGGAUAAGAACACUACUGCGAACUACUGUGAACUACUAUGAGAACACGAGGCAGAGCUUAUUAAAUUCUAUUUACAAGAAA